AUGUAAGAAUUAGGUGAUAUUGAAUAAUAAGUUCAGAAAAAAAUCAAACCUAAUGAAAUUCCAAAACCACUUGAGUUUACAAUAUUAGCAACCCAUAAUUGUGCAAGGUACUAAUUAUAUUUAACACACAAAGGGCAUCAAUAAUGAGACUUCCUCAUGGAGAAGUGAAAACUCCAGUUUAUAUGCCUGUAGGAACAAAAGGGGCAAUGAAAGGAGUGACCUAUUAAGAGAUGGAUGAUUUGGGAUGCAAAUUAUUGUUAGCAAAUACUUAUCAUUUGGCAUAUAAACCUGGAGGUGAUUUAUUAGAAAAAGUUGGAGGUUUACAUAAAUUUGUGAAUUGGAAACAUAAUAUAUUAACAGAUAGUGGUGGAUUUUAGAUGGUUUCAUUGUCAUAACUUAGUGAAGUCACUGAAGAAGGAGUCACAUUUGAAUCUCCAUAUGAUAAAACAAUAAUGCAUUUAAGACCAGAAGAUUCAAUCCAUACAUAAAAUUAAAUAGGAGCUGAUAUAAUUAUGGCUUUAGAUGAUGUUGUUAGAACAACAACUGUUGGUCCUCGUAUGUAAGAAGCAAGUGAAAGAACAACUAGAUGGUUGGAUAGAGAUAUUGCAGCUCAUAAAAGAAAAAAUGAUUAAAAUUUAUUUCCUAUUGUAUAAGGAGGAAUUGAUCCAAAAUUAAGAGAAUAAUCAUUGAAUGAUUUAAUUUAGAGAGAAGCUAAUGGAUAUGCAAUAGGAGGAUUAGCUGGUGGAGAAGAUAAAGUAUAUUAAUUUAAUUUAUUAAGAUUGACUUUUGGAAAACAGUGGCAUAAUGUACAGCUAAAUUACCUAUAAAUAAACCUCGUUAUUUAAUGGGUGUUGGAUAUCCAGUUGAUGUUGUUGUAUGUUCUUGUUUAGGUGUUGAUAUGUUUGAUUGUGUUUUUUCUACAAGAACAGCUAGAUUUGGUACUGCAUUUACAGAUAAUGGAUUUCUUAAACUUAAAAAUAAAGAAGCAGCUAAUGUAUUUGAACCAAUUUAGAAAGGAUGUUAAUGUUAAACUUGUAAAUCUUAUACUUAAUCAUAUUUACAUUAUUUGAUUGCAAGAGAAGAAGUUGCUUGUCAUCUUAUAUCUAUUCAUAAUCUGAAUUAUUUAAUAUAAUUGAUGCUUAAUUUAAGAUAAUCAAUUAUUGAUGGUAAUUUAAUUGAAUUUAUAAAUGGAUUUCUUAAGAAAUGGUAUAAAACAGAAGGAUCAAUACCAUAAUGGAUUGUUGAAGCUUUAGAAUAUGCAAAAAUACCAGUAGAAUAGUUUUGA